AUGGAGAGACCGUCCACAGACAGCCAGCAUGUCCGACAGCAGCAGCAUCAUGGAAAGAAAAAGGAGGUGGAUGACAAACAGGAUGGGGAACGACGGGUGGAGCAGGGGCCCACAGAUGGGGCAGACCACAAAGUGAUGGCAGGAGAGGCUGUGGACAGGAGGAACAUCUGGGAGCUGAGUGUCUACUACGCGCUGGGGAUGGAGACUUUUUAUAUCGCUGGUCAUAACAUCAGCAUCCGCGAGUCUAUGGAUACUUAUGGUGCUCUGAUCUGGCCCGGGGCAAUAGCUUUGAGCCAGUUCUUGGAGAAUAACCAGCAACAGAUGAACCUGAUGGACAAAGCGGUGCUGGAGAUUGGAGCUGGGACUGGCUUGCUCUCAACAGUGGCCAGUCUGCUUGGUGCUUGGGUGACAGCUACUGACCUGCCAGACAUCUUGUCCAAUCUGACCUUUAACCUUCUGCGGAACACCAAGGGCCGGUCCCGCUACACACCUCAGGUGGCUGCCCUUACCUGGGGUCAGGACCUGGGGCGAGACUUCCCCUACCCAUCCUACCACUACGACUACGUGCUCGCAGCCGACGUGGUCUAUCCCCACGGCUGCCUCGAAGAACUGCUGGAAACCAUGCGGCACUUUUGCCGACCAGGAAGUCGAACAACGCUGCUGUGGGCCAACAAGAUCCGGUUCCAGUCAGACUUGGGGUUCACAGAGUGCUUUAAGAGCAGUUUCAACAGCACGCUGGUACUUGAGCUCCCACUGCAGGAGGUGAGGAUAUACAAGGCCACAGCGAAGGAGUGAUGGAGGAGCGUCAGGAGGUGGAGAUUCCUGAGAUGUUGAAGGUUUUGUGUUCAAAUUUUGAGGAAAAAAGCAAAUUACAUUUUACUCUUACUGAUUUAAAUUAACGUUGCACAGCAACAUUGAUCUACUGAAGAAUAAAUAUUUGAAAGCAAUACAGAAUGCCUCGGGGGCUAAUUGCGUUAUAUUGCAUUUUAUUUUGAAUUGUCAUCUGGUGUCAGAAUUUUGUGUUUUCCUUUACAUAAAUAAAGACAUUUCCAUCAUAAAUUGGUGCAUGAAAAAUCCCCAGAAUGCAGGAAAUGAAGAGUUUGGUGCUCACCAUUUUCUGGGGGUGGACCCCCAGACCCCCAAUGAAUAUGUGUCCCACCUGAUGUUGAAACAAAAAACCCACAUCCAAGCAGAAGGCAGAAAUGACGCUCAA